AUGGAAGAAAAGUGCGUGGAUGAAGACGCGCAAAACAUGUCUUCUCCACCUCCCCAGCCAAGUCCCCCGACUCCCCGCGCUGGUGUUGCUCCACUCCAGGACCCUCUCCCUCCUGGCUACGAGUAUGACUUCGUCACCAAGCCUCCCGACCAUUUCUUCUGCGCCGUGUCCAUGGAGCUACUGCUCGACCCGCAGCAAACCGAAUGCUGCGGACAUCACUUCGCCUCGGCCAUCGCCGAGCGCCUCAAGAGAGAGAAGAGCCCGUGCCCCAUGUGCAAGGAGCCGCUCACCACCCAUCCGGACAAGUUCCACCGGCGCAGCGUGAACGAGACUGAGGUUCGCUGUCUCUACAGAGCCCCGGGCGGCUGCCAGUGGGUGGGUCAGCUGGGAAACCUCCGCUACCACGUCGCCGGUUGCCCGAAACAACCGUGGACGUGUGUCUACUGCAACCACACCGGGUAUAAGGAGGAAGAAGGGGAACACAACGAAACAUGUGACCAACUCCCUGUGCCUUGUCCCAAUGGGUGUGAGGUGGGGGCUGUUCCUCGUUGCCAGCUGGACCAACACAGGUUAGUGUGUCUCUCUGAGGAGGUGGCCUGCGAGUAUGCCGCCCUCGGCUGCACGAAGCGUCUCCGCCGUAGGGACGUAGGAGGACACAUGGAAGAGGGUAAAAUGGAGCAUCUCGUCAACAUGUGUGCGGCAAACCUCACCCUCACGCGGCAGCUGAAGGAGAAACUGGACGAAAAGGAUGCAGAAAUUGUCCAGCUCCAGUCCCAGCUAGCUGCGAUGGAGGGAGAGCUGAAGAGGAGCAUUGGAAGCCUCAGGGAGUCAACCAGCAGCAAACUGGCAGAAGUGGAGCAAAAACUAGCGUCUGAGGUGAAGGUGCAUGUAUCACGAACGGAAAACUCCCUCACUGGUUCUGUCGGCACCCUCCGGUCCUCCCUCCUCGACCUCCAACGACAGUUAGAUGCCACCCCCUGCACCAUCCCUCCUGUCGAGUUUGUCGUGACCAACUUUGAGGCCCUGAAGAACCAUCAGUUGGAGUGGCGGAGUCCGCCAUUUCACACACACCAGGGAGGCUACAAGAUGUGUCUCGGUAUCUCCCCCUAUGGUGUACUGAGAGGGUACGGAACCCACGUCUCACUCAGACUGUACAAGAUGCUCGAUUCGCACAGCGACCAGCUUCCCUGGGAUGUCCGCACACGGCUCUGCGUCCACGCUCAGAACCAGAGCACAGGGACGUGGGAACACGAGUACGUGAACGAGAGCGUGCGCUCCAAGCCGGAGGAGAGUUGCGUGGGCUCCAGUGCAGAGUACAACUACAUCCGACACGCAGAGUUGAAACAUUACGUCAGAAACAACCAGAUGAAAAUCAGGGUGACCACUCUCGACAUAAGCCCCGACAUUUCUUCCACAUCUACUACCCCACAUAGACGUUGA